AUGCAGAAGCGAUGUGAAAACUUGUUGGCUCGCAUCCACAAGGAAAGUGAGGCGAAUUUAGAGCUGUCAAAAGCCAGAGCUGGGGCCGAGGAGACUUCCAGAAAGCUAUCUGAACAGGUCAAUCACCAGACAGAGGAACUCAACAAAUUGGUUAGGCAGAGGCUCAAUGCAGAAGAGCAGCUUGAGGAUGUCCGAAAGAAGAGCAAGAUCGAAGCUGAGCUUCGAGAAGAGGACUGA